UAAGUGUUUAUAUGUUAAGAUUAGCCACUUAGGCAAUUAAAAAUAUGGUGCAAAUUGUACCAAUUAUUAGACCUAUACAAUUUUGUUAGAAACCAAUAUAAUUCUUUGGAUUAGCUAGAUUAUUUAAAUAAACUCGUAUAAGUGGAUAGGCUAGAUCUAAAACAAAAUCUUCAAGUUCAAGUUGGAAAUCAAGAAUCAGAACUCAAAAUAGAUUAUAUAAGAUUGGAAAUCAUAAAGGAUUAAUGAAAAGAGUUAAAAUUGUUGGUCCAAGGAGAGCUAGAAGACUUAAAUUCAAAUCUCCUGGAUCUAGGCAUCUUAAUCGAAAUUGUUCAAAAGCUAAUUUAAGAAGAAAAAGACGAACUAGAUAUAUAAGUGAUGUUGAUAUGCCAAGAAUGAGAAAGCUGUUACCAUUAAUGAAGAGAUAGAAAUGUAAAAGAGGAUCUUGAGUAUAUAAAAAAGAAGAGAGAAAC